GCAAACAUUCAAUGAAAAAAAACUGUAGCAUAACAUUUUAAUGGUGUUUAAUCCAGUUUUUCAUGGUUAGUUUUCUUCAAAAUAUGGUAUAAAUGUAGGAUUCAGUUGCGAAAAGUGCCAUCUCAAUGAGAAAUGUUCAAUUCACUUGGAGAAAGUUUAAGAUAUUUAAAUUGGAGUGGUUGAAACCAUCGCUGUGAAAAGUAAAAUCACCCCCACCCACUUUUACCACCCGCUGUGUUGCUGUUUGUCGGUGAUGUGGUGGGUGGGUGUAUUAGCAAGUGUGCGAACGUAAACAAAGCGCUCGUAUUGUCCCACGAGGUCAAUCGCUUCCUUGGUGACGAAGUAGAUCGUCCAGGCUUUCGAUGAUUAUUUCUAUAUAGUCGUGUAUUUCUUUGGCAUGCAUUACCCCAAAUGACGAACACGACAUGAAUGGCUGGUCGAUGGCACACUGUGAACAUUACAAAAUUUGUAUGUCUACUGAUCCGGCUGCUACAAUAAUCACGCCCAUUGAAAGCGAUCAAGCGUUUAUGGGAAGCUUAAAAAUAGUAUCAUCUCGGACAAUAUGGACCAUCGUCGUCGGCAGAAUCAGCGCCGUCUAGAGCUACAAGUGCCACAACAAGGGCAAGGUCGAUGCAGCCACAACAUCCUUCUUCGUGCCGCCGGUAUUAGUUCCAAUGAGAGGAAGUCAUCAUUAAUUUAUGGUGUCGCGAAUGUCGUUAGACUAUACGUCAUCAUCGGUAGUACUAUUAAGACCGUCGGUAGUUUUUCAUUAUAUAACGUAUUCGCAACACGUGGUGCUGUUCUAACGACGGGUAAAACUGAUCGAGAACAAUUAAGACGAACAAUUGAAAGAUCUUAUUGCACGCUGUAAAACAAUUAGAUUGUUCUACAUAUGGACAAAGACGUCUCAAAACAAGGCAAAGGCAAGCGGCCUUUCCUUGGAAUACUUUCGAAACGUUCCUCGCGGGUGGAGCCCCAACGGUGUUUGGAUGGAGAAGAUGAUAACACCACAUCUGACUCGGGGAACAACUCAACAUUAAACAUAGCCAAUGGUCAACUGUCUGGUAAUAUAGUUGCUGCAAAUGCACAUCAAAAACAGCUUUCAAAUCAGGAAGUAGCAGCAGGAACAGCAGCUCCAACUGCUCCUACCGUAUCCAAGCAAGAUUCGUCUAACCAGAGUGACAAUUCCUAUCACCUGCUGUCAACAUCAUCCACUACCACCACCAACUCGUCGGCCGAUCCCUCUUCUUCGAAAACUACCAACACCUCGUCAUCGUCGCAGAAAAAUCACGGCAAUUUAUUUGCAAGGAAUCCCUGCCCUAGUAACAAGACCCGCCAAUCAAACCGACUUAGUGGCCAGUUUAAUCUAUGCUGCUCAGUUGACGAAAGCUUGUUGCGGUCUCCCAAAAAGAACCGUUUUUCCGAUCCACAUGCUAGUGAGAGCCAGUCACUGUGUCAGGAAUCCCGUAAACCUACGCAAUCGGAGCAAUAUCAGCGGCGCCAACAAUUGCGACUAGAGCUAACUAAUAAGACUAGCACGGAUCGGAAUAGUCCGGUAACAAAUGGUGCGCGAAGUAGACCACUCGAGUUUGCUUCAACAAAAUCGGAGGAGGGCGGUAGCAUAACUAGUCGCGAUUCAAUUAUCGAGAAUAAAAUAAUUACGAAACCGGUAGUGUUUCGAGAGUAUCCAAACCACACCCAGCGAGCUGUUAUGAGUAGUAAAUCACGCUUUAAGGAUCGUUUCCUACCACCAAUGCCAAAAUUAGAUGGCUAUGAAAAGAUGGAGCAGCAUUACAGUUCGCCAAAUAUAGCGGAAAAUGAGGAACCUCCUGGGAUAGAAGAGAGAGACACACGGAAAUCGAUGUCCUUUGAUACUGUUAGUACGGAAAACGAAGCUGAACCUCCCCUGGUUAAUCCAACCAGUGCAGAUUCAUUGGCAAAGCAAGCUUUGAUGGCUGCUCAUGUAUUGCAUCUGAUACCGGCCGAUAAGGCUCGACAGAGAAACUUCCUACAUGGUCGCCUCGGUGCAACAUCGCUUCUGGGCGCUUCAGAGUUGGAUAAGGUAUUACCCAGCAGGGAGGUUACCAUUUUUGUCGGUACAUGGAACAUGAAUGGCCAAAGUCCUCCAAAGCAAAUGAACGAUUUUGUACUUCCAACCGCUAUUGAAAAUGUGCCAGAUAUAAUUGUGUUUGGAACACAAGAAUCGUGCUCCGAGCGAUUCGAGUGGGAAGUUACUUUACAGGAGACGCUGGGUCCGUCCCACAUUUUACUACACUCAACAAGCCUCGGAACUUUACAUUUAGCUGUGUUCAUACGAAGAGAUCUGAUAUGGUUCUGUUCCGAGCCAGAGGAUGCUUAUUUGUCAGUUCGACCGGGUACAGCAUUUCGAACGAAAGGUGCCGUUGCGAUUUCAUUUUGUCUAUUUGGCACUUCCUUUCUCUUUGUGACAUCUCAUCUAACGGCGCACCAGCAGAAAGUCAAAGAACGUGUUUCUGAUGUGAAAAAAAUCACUCAUGCACUUGAGCUGCCACGAAAUUUGACCGUUAAACAUCGGAACAAGGAUGUUACUCAGAAUUUUGAUAGUGUGUUUUGGUGCGGGGAUUUGAACUUUCGUCUCAGUGAACCACGCGAAAAACUGAUGCGGUGGAUCGAAACGACUCAAUUUCCGCUACCAGCACAUCUACCGCACGGUUUUAUGCACACUGAUCAAUUGACAACGGUGCUGGCUGAUGGUGCCGCCUUCAAGGGAUUUCGAGAGGCUAAAAUAACGUUUCCUCCGACAUACAAGUAUGAUCCUGGAACGCAACGGUUUGACACAUCUAGUAAACAGCGAGCACCAGCUUACACAGAUCGGAUCCUGUACAAAUUUAAACCGCUACCAGUAACUACGGUCCAACGUCGCAUAAGCAGUGUUGCAGGAGGCAAAUUCACACAUCCGCCAUUACCGGUGAAGUGUUUGGCAUACGAUUCGGUGCAGAGCAUCACCACCUCGGACCACAAACCGGUUUGGGCUUUGUUCUGCAACCUCAUUCGACCCGGAGUUGAUACAGUACCACUGGCAGCUGGGCUCUUCAACCGGGAGGUCUACCUGGAGGGCAUGAAGAGAAGACUGGAUCACGCCGGAUCCAGUUCGUCGGCAGUUUGCAGCAUUCAAUGAUGAUAGGAGUAAUUCGUAAUGUGAUAUGCUAACGUUUUUAGCACACAGGUGAUGUUUUCUAGUCCCACUGCGCUGUAAAAAGUUACUAUACAAUAAAAGUAAAAUAAUUAGUUAAGUAGAUGAGGACGAGCUUAGUUUCGCGUUGUACGACUACAAGAGGCUACUGGAUAUGCGCGUGUCGUACGUACAUUGUUGAUACGGAUUUAUUAAGUAUAAGCUAUAAGACCGAGAUAAUAAUCGGCCGAAGAGAACAAAAGACAACUGGAUUGAAUGAUUCCUUUCGAUGCAAAUGCUAUUUUAAACAUGUUUACUAAACAAGUACACUGCCUUAAUACUCAUAAUACUCCCGUAUGUAAUGGAAAUUCCAUGUAUGUAGGACUAUUAUUCGUAUAACGGCAGUGCAGACUUGAAACACUAUUAGUGAUAGAAAGUGUGAGCGUCUUUUAGAUAGCUGUUUAGUGAUCACAUAUAAGCAAUUAAGCGUAAUUUUGCGCUUAUCAUGACAUAAUAAUAUGAAGCAGCCUUAAAGGUUUGAAAAGAAAUUUUGUUUCUAGUCGACAUCGUAGUCAAAUUAUCUAUUUAAAGUGAAUAAGUUAGGUAAACCCACAGGUUGUAUAAUGAACUGAACUUUAACUCUAGUCAUGUUAUUCAGUAGUAUCAUCGCAUAUCGAUUUGAUCUGGCAUAUCUUUGCUAUUGUGAAUAUAAAUAGGCACAUGUGGAAGGACUGUCUAGGCUCCCUUAGCUAAAUGUUUGGUUAGGAGUAAAAAAGACCCUGAUAAAUAUAUUACUUAAAUACACUGUUCGAGAAGCGUAAUAAAUUCGUUCAGUAGCAAGUAAAAUGAUUCUCAACAGUGAAUAGUAACAAGUAGCUAUAUUGUUCGAGGCAGUCUGCCUUCUAAAGCCCUUUCUAGCUACUUGAGACAUGCAGCGUAUUCCGAAACAUCAAACGAAAUGGGUAAAGAUUUCGUUUGGAAAUUCAACCUGAGACUUAAUCAUUGAUAACUAGCUAUACAACAGUUCACAUCUUGGAGUGAGACUGUCCAGAGUUGGCCUUACAUAGUGCAGAUAGCAUGUAAAUUUCAUUUCCCGAACUGUUUACCUCCUCGUAACAUGUAAUCUCGAAUGUUUUACUCAUUUUUCAUUCCGUCCUGUACCUUUAUUCUUCCGUAUCCGUAAGUAUUCGAAUACAGUUAAGAAUGAUCAGUUUUGUAGUUUUAUUAAAAACAUUCUCAGUACAUUGUUUUGUUUGAGAUGCGUUAGCGCAUUCUAUAAAACAUAAACACUUAUUUUUUCGACUCUAAUACCGU